AUGGCAGAGGAGGAGACCAGCUGCUCGAAAGAAGAAACUACAGAGUGCAAACUGCAGGAUGAAUUGGUACAUACAUUGAAAUACUGUGUUAAGAAAAUGAAAGCAAGACACAAUAAGGUUCCAGAGAUAAUAGUGAAAGUUAAAUUAAAUGGGAUACCAAUUUAUAUGGAAUUGGACACAGGAGCUUCAGUGUCACUGAUAAGUGAAGAGUUCUACGCUAAACAUCUGAAAAAUACAGUACUUCAAUCCGGCGAUAUUGUGCUGAAAACCAUGACGGGAGAAAAAAUAGAAGUCUUCGGGAUAUGCUAUGUAACUAUGGAAGUUCAUGGACACAGAGUGGAGGAAGUGCCAUUGUAUGUGGUACAGGGGAAUGGACCUGCCUUAUUCGGUAGGGACUGGCUGCAUUUUGCGAAAUUUGACUGGAAAAAGUUAGCUGUAAAUCAUCUGCAUUCUGGUAUUCUGAAAACCUCAAAGUUAGAAGAACUGUUAAGGAAAUAUGGUGAUGUCUUUGAUGGUGAACUGGGUACAGCCAAGAAUAUAAAGGCUCAUAUUCGUGUGAGAAAGGAUGCAAAACCAAUCUUUUAUAAAGCGAGGACAGUUCCUUAUGCAAUCAGGGAUGCUGUGAAUGCAGAACUUAAAAGACUAGAAUUGGAAGGAAUUAUUGAGAAAGUUGACUAUAGUGAGUGGGCGGCACCGAUAGUGCCAGUUCCAAAAGACAAUGGUUCUAUUAGGAUCUGUGGUGACUUCAAGGUCACCAUAAAUCGUUAUGUGGAAAACCCUGAACAUCCAAUGCCAAAUCCAGAUGAACUAUACCAGCGACUGAACGGUGGAAAAACUUUCUCAAAGUUAGAUUUAUCGCAAGCUUAUCAGCAAGUGGAAUUAGAUGAGGAAUCUAGGAAAUAUGUGACAAUUAACACACCACUUGGUUUGUACCGAUAUGCACGUUUACCAUAUGGUGUCUCAGCAGCACCACAACUUUUUCAGUCUUUAAUGGAUAUAGUUCUGCAAGGAGUGCCUUGUGGAUGCAACAUAGAUGAUAUUAGUCUUACUGAGAGAACCAAAGCUGAACAAAAGGUACUUGAGCGGUUGCACAUCAAUGGGUUGAAAUGUAAUUUGUUGAAAUGUGAAUUUAUGAAGCCCUCCUUGAAAUAUUUGAGUUUCAUUGUAGAUGAAGAGGGUAUUCAUAUGACGGAGGAUGCCAUUGCAGCAGUCACGGAGGCACCAAGGCCAGAAUCAAGGUCUGAAAUGCAAUCCUUCCUGGGGCUGGUAAACCAUUACCGUCGCUAUGUGCCAAAUCUCUCAUCAGUCGCAGCGCCUAUCACGGAAUUACUGCAUAAAGACAGAAAAUGGCAUUGGUCACUAGUGUGUAAAAGAGCUUUUUCCAAGAUUAAAAAAAUGCUGACCACUGAAACAGGAGUAUUAGUGCACUAUGAUUUGAGUAAACCUGUGAUGUUGGCAGUAGAUGCAUCACCCAAAGGACUUGGAGCAGUGCUUUCCCAUAUCACCAAUAACAAACCACUGUCAUACAUUCUGGGACCCAAGAAGGGCAUUCCAGUCCUUGCAGCUGCAAGAAUACAACGCUGGGCUAUACAGUUAGCAGCUUAUGAUUAUGACAUUGAAUUACGUCGUUUAAGUGACAAUGGAAAUGCUGAUGCACUCUCACGGUUGCCUUUACCAGAUUGUGACUCCGAUGCAUCAGAUAAGCAUGUAAACUGGACACAAGAAGCAACUGCAUUUAACAUGCACCAGGUGAACUCUCUUCCUGUAACCGCGAAAUCUGUUGCAAGAGAAACUUUGCAUGAUGCUGUACUGGCUAGAGCUUUAUAUUAUACACGAAAUGGACGGCCAGACUCUGAGGACAUAGCACAGGAACUGAAACCCUUCCAUAGCCGUCAGCGUGAGUUUUCAAUUGAAGAGGGAUGUCUUCUAUGGGGUGCCAGGGUGGUAAUACCGUCGAGAUAUAGGAUUCAAAUAUUAGAAGAGCUACAUGGUGGUCAUCCGGGGAUUGUUCAGAUGAAAGGAUUAGCUCGCUUGCAUGUGUGGUGGCCUAAUAUCGAUCAAGAUAUUGAAAACACUGUGCAAGGGUGCUCUGCUUGUCAGGCUACUCAGCCAAUGCCGACUCGUGCUGAGGGUAAUCCGUGGAAAUGGCCUUCUGGUCCGUGGAAAAGAGUACAUGUUGAUUUCGCAGGACCAUUUCUGGGACAAAUGUACCUCAUUGUGAUUGACGCAUAUUCAAAAUGGCUAGAAGUACACCCAAUAAAAUCAGUUACAACUAUGAAUACCAUCGAGAUCAUGCGGCGGGUAUUUGCUCAGCAUGGGGUUUGUGUAGAGCUCGUGUCUGAUAAUGGAAGACAGUUUGUGGCUGAGGAAUUUAAAGAGUUCAUGACCCAAAAUGGUGUAAAGCAUAUACUGAUACCCGCUUAUCACCCAAGCAGUAAUGGGCAGGCCGAAAAUACAGUAAGAACAUUCAAACAAGGAAUGAAAAGGGCGAUGAGAACAUUGCAAUCGUGUAAUACAUCUUUAAAUACCAAGUUGUGCCAAUUUAUACUGACUUACCGAACUACACCUCACUGUACAACAAAACGCACGCCUGCAGAGCUCAUGGGUCGGCAGUUACGCACACGCCUUGAUUUACUACACCCAGAUGCAUCUCAGCGAAUUGAAAGAAAAGCCUCAGAGAACGAGAAACCAAUGAGGGAACUCGAUAUAGGGGACGUGGUACUGGUUCGGGAGUAUCGUCAAAAUACCAAGAAGGGCAUAUUGAUCAAAUGA